AUGGCGACAGUUCGAAUUUGCGUGUGCGGUGACGAGAGCACGGGCAAGUCCAGCCUCAUUGCUUCGCUCGUCAAGGACCAGUUCAUGAGCAACAAGAUCCAGCCAGUCCUCCCCCAGAUUACCAUUCCUCCCAGCAUCGGAACACCAGAAAAUGUCACAACAACCAUCGUCGAUACCUCUGCCCGUCCUCAAGACCGAACCACCCUGCGUAAGGAGAUCAGAAAAUGCAACGUCAUUCUCCUCGUCUACGCCGACCACUACAGUUACGAAAGAGUAGCUCUCUUUUGGAUGCCAUAUUUCCGGUCUCUCGGUGUCAACGUUCCUGUUGUCCUAUGUGCCAAUAAAUCAGACCUCGCCGGUCAGGGCAACACCCCUCAGAUCGUAGAGGAAGAGAUGUUGCCCGUCAUGGCCGAGUUUCGCGAGAUCGAUUCCUGCAUUAGAACCAGUGCUCGAGAACAUAAGAACGUCAACGAGGUCUUCUUCCUGUGCCAAAAGGCCGUCACCCAUCCCAUUGCCCCUCUCUUUGACUACAAGGAAGGUCGCCUUAAGCCGGCUUGCGUAGCCGCUCUCAAGCGAGUCUUCUUCCUUUGCGACAAGGACCAGGAUGGCUUCUUGAAUGACCAAGAAAUGCGGGACUUCCAGGCACGCUGUUUUGAUAAGCCUCUUACCAGCGACGACUUGGAUAACAUUAAGUUGUCCAUCUCCAAGUCCAUGCCCGAUGCGAACAUGGAACGGGGCAUUGAUCAAUCUGGCUUUCUACAACUGAACAAGAUUUACGCCGAGAAGGGUCGGCACGAAACCAUAUGGAUCAUUCUUCGCAAAUAUCACUACACCGACAGCUUGAGUCUUGAGGACAAAUUCCUCCACCCAAGGUUUGACGUUCCCGAGUACUGCUCGGCUGAACUGAGCCCUAUUGGCUACAGGUUCUUUGUGGACUUGUUUCUGCUCUUUGACAAGGAUAAUGAUGGAGGGCUGAACGACCAAGAGCUUGAGGCCUUAUUCUCGCCCACUCCUGGCCUCCCGGCUUCUUGGGUCGACUCGUCCUUCCCUUCCUCCACAGUGCGCAACGAAGGUGGCCACAUCACACUGCAAGGCUGGCUAGCACAGUGGAGUAUGACAACGUUCCUGGAGCCAAAAACUACAAUCGAGUAUCUCGCCUACCUCGGUUUCGAAUCCCCCAACGUCAAGGAUGACAUAACCGCCGCCCUCAAGGUCACCAAGUCCCGAAAACGAAGACGACGGCCGGGCAGAGUCGAAAGAAAUGUGGUCCUCUGUUACCUCAUUGGAGCUCCGGGAGCUGGCAAGUCCUCUCUUCUCGACUCAUUUCUAAACCGACCAUUCGAAGGGCUAUAUCACCCCACCAUCAAACCCCGUCGGGCGGUCAACAGUGUGGAACUCCCUGGUGGUAAGCAGGUGUAUCUCAUUUUCGAGGAAUUGGGCGAGCUCGAACCAGCCAUUUUGGAAAACCAGUCCAAACUGGAUGCCUGUGAUUUGAUUUGUUACUCUUACGACUCCUCCGAUCCCGAUUCCUUCUCCCAUAUCGUCGAUGUGAGGUCCAAGUACCCACAUCUGGACGAGUUGCCUUCUGUUUACACCGCUCUAAAAGCCGACAAAGAUAAAACCACGCAGCGAAGCGAGCUCCAGCCUGACCAGUACACGUCUUCGCUCAGCAUGAACACGCCACUUCACGUGAGCGUGACUUGGAACAGCAUCGCCGAGCUCUUUGUGGCACUCGCCGAGACCGCAACCAACCCGAGCAUGGGAUUCCCCAAGACAGAAGAGGAGGCCCCGGAUCGUACAAGCUUGUACUUGGCCCUCGGUGCUACUGCCUGUGCAGCCGUUGCUGCUGUCAUGAUUUGGCGUCGUUCAACAAACGCCGCAUAA